UACACACACUAGUUUCACUUUCUUUGUUGCAGAAUGGCGUCUGUGUGUCUGAAAGAGGAGCUGAGCUGCUCCAUCUGCCUGAGCCUUUAUACAGACCCUGUAUCUCUGAGAUGUGGGCACAACUUCUGCCAGGACUGUAUUGUGAGGGUGCUGGAUACACAGGAGGGGGCUGGAGUCUAUUCCUGUCCGGAGUGCAGGGCAGAGUAUCAGGAACGUCCUGCACUGGAGAAGAACAGGAAGCUGAGUAACAUUGUGGAAAGUUUCCUAUGUAAUCACCCAGAGCCGGAGGAGACCCAGACCUUCUGUACUUACUGCAUGGACGCUCCUGUACCGGCUGUGAAGCAGUGUCUGCAGUGUGAGAUGUCCCUGUGUGAGGGCCACCUGACUGCACACAACAAGUCAGUAGAUCAUGCUCUAAUUGACCCAACAUCAUCACUGAGCAACAGGAAAUGUCAAAUUCACAAAAAACUUCUUGAGUACCAUUGCUGUGAGGAUGCUGCCUGUGUCUGUGCUACCUGCUGUGUAAUAGGAUCACACAAAGGACACCAGGUGGAGUCACUGGAUGAGGCCAUGAAGACCAAGCUUGUGAAGCUGAGAAACCGUCUGGAGAAACUGACUGCAAGCAGAGUAGAGGCUGAGGAACAUGUGCAGAGUCUGCAGAAACGCAGGACAGAGAUAGAGGAGAAAGCUGCUGUUGUCACAGGGAAGGUCACUGACUUGUUUAUGGACAUCAGGAGGAAGUUGGACGUCCUAGAGGGGAGAGUCCUGAGUGAGGUCUCCAAGCAGACUGAGAGGAUUUCUCUGCAAAUCUCUGAUCUGAUCAGGCAGCUGGAGGAACAGAAGGAUGAGCUGUCCAGGAGGAUGGGUCACAUUGAGGAGCUGUGUAACGCUACUGACCCACUGACUGUCUUACAGGACCGAGAAUCUGACACAUAUGAGAAGGAAAAUGACACAGAAAAUUAUGUCACAAUGACUUAUCCUGUGGAUGAUCUGGACGAGUGUCUGAUCUCAGUGACCUUGCACUCAGGAUUAUCUGAUAUUCUGACUGCUGGAAAAAGAGGGUCCUGUAUACCUGAGGCUGCAAAUAUGUUACUUGACAUAAAUACAGCUAAUGGUUACCUUUCUGUAUCAGGGGACUUAAAAUCUGCAUCCGUGUCUACAAUAGACCUAAAUUACCCACAGAGUAGAAUGAGGUUUACAGAUUAUCCUAUGGUCCUCAGCAGCACAAGAUUUGGCUCAGGACAACAUUGCUGGGAAGUGGGAGUCAGCGCAUCAAAGUAUUGGCGGGUUGGAGUGGCUUAUUCUAGUACUGAAAGGGAAGGAGAGCAGUCACGCAUUGGAGACAAUAGCAAGUCCUGGUGUUUGCGUAUGUCGGAUGAUGGUUACACAGUGAUACACAAUUCUGUGCAUACUAAUCUGAAGCUUGAGUCUCCUGUGCAGACAAUGGGGAUAUACCUGGACUAUGAGGCCGGGCGUCUGUCCUUCUAUCAGCUGUGUGACCCCAUCAGACACUUACACACCUUCUCCGCCACCUUCACUGAGUCCCUGCACACUGCCUUUGGGGUAUGGGAGGAUGGCUGGGUUAGAAUUAUAAGCUAGAUACAUUAAUGAGGUAAUACACUUCUGUCCCCUUUUCAAUUGUUUAUGCCUUUCUGUUAUUUUUUUGAAGCACUUUCAAAAAAAAAUUUAUUUUGUGCUUUCCAGACAUGUUUUUAUUAUGCAGAGUUAUGUGUUUUUGUUGCUUUGGGUUACAGUACAUUGGCCCUCAUUCCGAGUUGUUCGCUCGCAAGCCGAUUUUAGCAGCAUUGCACACGCUAAGCCGCCGCCUACUGGGAGUGAAUCCUAGCUUCUUAAAAUUGCGAACGAAAGAUUCGCAACAUUGCGAUAAGACAUCUCUGUGCAGUUUCUGAGUAGCUCGAGACUUACUCUGCCUGUGCGAUCAGUUCAGUGCUUGUCGUUCCUGGUUUGACGUCACAAACACACCCAGCGUUCGCCCAGACACUCCUCCGUUUCUCCAGCCACUCCCGCGUUUUUCCCAGAAACGGUAGCGUUUUUUCCCACACGCCCAUAAAACGGCCUGUUUCUGCCCAGAAACACCCACUUCCUGUCAAUCUCACUACGAUCGCCUGAGCGAUGAAAAAGCCGUGAGUAAAAAACCAAACUUCUUAGCAAAUUUACUUGGCGCAGUCGCAGUGCGGACAUUGCGCAUGCGCACUAAGCGGAAAAUCCCUGCAAUGCGAUGAAAUUUUCCGAACGAACAACUCGGAAUGAGGGCCAUAGAUAGAUGUGUCAUAUACAAGGGAAGUAAAGGGAAAUGAAUAAAAUAAUUAUUGCAGGAGGGUAUGUAGAAGCAACGGACUUACUUUAAGUGUCUGUAGGUGGCUUUGAUAUAAACCAGAUUUCCCAGCUUAGCCUUUAUUUUCCUCUGUACAUGAUAGGGUGGGAAUUUCAUGUUACGUGUAUGUAUGUAUGUGGAUAACACGUGUGGUGAGAAUAGUCUGUUAUCACUGAUAAUGAUGCUUUUGGUGCGCAGGAGGAAAUAUAAAUGGAGAUAAUUAUAUAUAUUAUUA